AUGGUGCUAAGCUUUCAUCCACAGACUUGGGGAUGUCCAGAAAUCUCAUCUUAUAGUUCGUCAAUAGCAUUCAUGAUAUUUUUGCUGUACGGCACGCAAGUGGCCCUCGGUAUGCUGGCGCUCUCCAGCAUAUUGUCGUAUAUCGUGACAAACUCGUUUUUCUGGUUCUCUGUGCCGUCCAAAUACCUCUCCCCACGCUACAUCGCAGACAUGACCAGGGGACCGCGCGAGUUCACUUUGGAGCAGCUUGCGGCCUUCAACGGGAUAGAUCGCACAUUGCCCGUGUACAUAUCCAUCAACGGCACUGUUUUCGAUGUAACCGCAGCGCGAGACGAGCACUACGGCCCCGGUUGCACAUACCAAGCGUUUUCUGGGCGCGACUGCACACGGCUCUUUGCUACGGGCUGUUUCGAGCACCGCGAGCAGCACACGCACGACAUGCGCGGGCUUGACAACACGGAGGCCGCAAUGCGUGUCGCCCGCUGGCUCGAGUACUUUGCCAACCAUCCGCGCUACUGGCGGGCGGGCAGCGUCAAGUUGCCCGAAUGCAUGGGACCGCCACCCCCACCGUGCGACAGUUAUAACCAAAAGUUGAGUAAUAAAUAA